CUCAUCUGAACACAUAUUGAGAGCUUCAGAAGAACUGAAUCUACUAACAACAGAGAAGAUCAUUGAAGAAGAGAGAAGAAUGAAGAUCAUCUGUACUUUCACUCUGCUGAUGAUUCCUGGUGUGUUGAGCUCCAUCAGUGUGACAGGAUAUUCAGGAGGAGGAGUCAGCAUCACAUGCAGAUAUGAUAGAGGAUAUAUAGACAAUGAAAAGUAUUUUUGUAUUGGAGAGCAAGUAACAUGCUCUCAACUCAUCAAGACUAAAGAAAAAAAUAAAUGGGUUAAUUCUGGAAGAUUUUCUCUGUAUGACGACACAAGAGCAGCAGUUUUCACUGUGACCAUCAGAGAUCUGAGUGAACGGGAUUCUGGGACAUACCAGUGUGCAGCUGCUAUCUCUUGGGAUAUAGAUUUUUACACUGAAGUGAAGCUGAACGUUGUAACAGGUGAGUAACUGA